AUGGGAUGCGUGCAGGCGAUAUGUGGCGAUAGACUGUCCGUGGUUGGCGGGGAUCGUGGCUCGACGGCUCGAUUGAAGGCGUGGACUUGGCCAUAUGAAGCAGAAGGAAGAAUCGAAGCCAAAUCUCCGGCCGACAUCCACCGCCAUAUGAAAGAAGACCUAGCCAUACAGAUCGGACGAUCGCCACUUCACAUCCCUCGACGGGGCGUGGGAAGUAGUCUGCGCCCCCAAUCGACGAUGCGGUGUUCUGUUCCAGAGGCAUCUGCUCGUCUCCCAAUCAGAAGCAACGUCGAAGAUGCGCCGGGGCUCGUUGAGGAGAUGAAGGGCGAUGGAUUGACAGAUCCGCUAGGAGUAAGGAGACAUCCUACAAAACCCUCAAGUCCACCAUCGACAAGAACCUCCAAAAAGCUCGAGACGAUGAAGAUGACCGACGCAAACCCCACCACCGCGGCCCUUCUCAAGAAAUCGUCCAAGAACAAGAAGAUGGACCGCGUAGAGACCUCGCUGAAGGAGUCCAGCCGCGACCUCUCGAUGUUCAAGUUCAAAUCCAGCGCGCACGAAAAAUGA